CAUACUCGCGGUGACAUCUGGGUAGGACAGUCAAAGCGGCGGGAGGGCGGCAAAUUAACGUGUAAUUCCAACAUAAGCGGUCUUGUUUAGCUUUGAAAUUGUAGGUAGUUAAAAUAUUAUCGGUGUGAUUAAGGUACGAGUUUGAACGCCAAAGGAUGUGCCCAUGGUAGACCUGUUUAUCGAGUUCCUGUGCUGCUGUUAAAGCUCUCCCGGGAAACUGGACGUUUGUUUUUAUUAGCUCCGGAUAAAAGCACCGUAGUAACAAUGGCAAAGGUUCAAGUGUUGAAUGUGGCUGUUUUAGACAACCCGAGCCCUUUUGGAAACCCCUUUCAGUUUGAAAUCACCUUCGAGUGCAUGGAAGACCUCCCUGAAGACCUGGAAUGGAAGAUCAUUUAUGUUGGUUCAGCAGAGAGUGAGGAGUACGACCAAAUCCUGGACUCUGUUUUAGUUGGUCCUGUACCUGCUGGCAGACACAUGUUUGUGUUUCAGGCUGAUGCCCCAAACACUGGUUUGAUUCCUGAAAGUGAUGCCGUUGGCGUAACUGUAGUUCUCAUUACAUGCACAUAUCGUGGCCAGGAGUUUAUUCGCAUUGGUUACUAUGUGAACAAUGAAUACACAGACCCAGAGCUUCGAGAAAACCCUCCAAUUAAGCCGGACUACACACAGCUUCAGAGAAAUAUUCUAGCUUCAAACCCACGUGUAACAAGAUUCCACAUAAACUGGGAAGGCUGCGCAGAGAAAAUGGAAGACUCUGAAAACGUGGAUCCUACGUCAAGCUCCAUGCUGCCCCCAUCCUGUUUACCAGGCAAGGCCCCUCCUGUGGGCAUACUACCAGAUAACUCUAUGGAUUGCUUAUAGAGAUUCUCCAAAAGCGACGACUCAAAGCAAAUUACCUUAUUUUUAAGGUUGACUGUGGCAAAAAAAAGGACUCGCAAUCUGUGUUUAUUCCAUUUAAGUGUGAACAUCCUAAUGGAAUCAUUAUUCUUUAUGAAGGUGGAGUUCUUGUGAUAAUGUGUCAACUUUGAAGUGUGAAAAACAAACGGCAAAGAAAAAUGAUACAGCGGCACUAAAUUUAACAGCUGCGUAUAACUUGCCCACAGGUUCUGGUUGCAGAGUUGAUUUGUAACUGAUUUGAUGUUACUGCGCUGAAGUAUUGUAAACAUCAACAUGCAUUUCGAGUUUUGGUAAUUUAAUAAUAUUUCUGAUGAAUUGCACUUAAAAUAUUAGAAUUUCUUUUUUGUUUAGCAAAAGCUUUGUAAGAACUGUAUCACCUUGUCUUUUUGGUGCAUUUCCAGAUUGCAGUUUUGUUACAAAUAGAAAAACAUUGUUAU